UUCAGCACCACGACCAAGACUUGGAGAGACUAUCACCAAGACCUCCGAUACAAGUUUGUUCUUUGAUGUUACUAUAAGACUCUCAAAUCAAAUCUGGACCAAUGAUUUCUUGAACACAAACUCUGAAGCGUAUAGGAAUUUAUCGAACAGCUUCAAACAACAGAUCAAGGAAGGUUUGAACGAGACAGAAAUUGGACCUUACCUAAGUGACGUUUUUAUUAUUGGUAUAAGGAAUGGAAGUAUUAUCAUUGAUGUUCUUGUACAACUAAAAGCUCCCUCCUCGUCAUCAUCGCUGUUAUCUAGUCUUAGAAACGCCACCGAUAGGGCAAAAUCCAGUGGAUUACUGCCUUUACUAGCGGAUGUUGACACUGAAAGCAUUAACAUUUCAUUAUAUAUAACUCCCACAUCUUCUCCAACAACGACAACAGUUAUUAAAAAUACAACUUCCUCUGAAAUCCAGUCAUCAUCAUCAUCAUCAUCAUCAACAACAACAACAACUUCAUCGUCAAAAAAUGAGACAACGAUAAUAUCUUCAACCCUAUUGAUGUCAACACCAUCAACAACGCCUACAACUUUUCCUUGUAAUAACUCAGAAUACUUAACCAACAUCUUGAUAUCUCAAUGCUUGAAUACUACCCAGCUAGGUGAGGUGAAACAGUCCACCGAUGAUGUCAAGUGCAAAUUUGUCCUUACUUCCAUAGAUUGUGUUCUCGACAAAAUACAAGAGAAAUUUAAUCUCACGUGUUCAGAAGCGGACAAAACUGCUGCUGCAAAAGAGUUUUCUAGUGUUGUUCAGAGCUCUAUCGGAAUCAAUCCGGAAAUUUGCAUUACUCCAUCAACCUCCUUACCGCCCCCAAUGAUGACGACAACAGCGAUGAAAAUAAUAUCUCCCUGUGAUAACUCAGAAUACCUGACCAACACCUUAAUAAAUCAAUGUUUGAAUACUACCCAGAUUAGCGAGGUGUCACAGUCUACUGAUGAUGACAAGUGCAAUUUUGUCCUUGCUUCCAUAGAUUGUGUUCUGGACCAAAUACAAAAGGAACAUAAUGUCACGUGUUCAGAGGCCGAUAAAAAUGCUGCUGCAAAAGAAUUUUCUAGUGUUGUUCAGAGCUCUAUCGGGAUCAGUCCGGAAAUUUGCUUAAUUCCAUCAACUUCGGGACCUCCCCCAUUGAUGACGACAACGACAAAAAUAAUUAAUCCUUGUAACAACUCGGAGUAUCUAACUAAUACCCUAUUAGCUCACUGUUUCAAUACAAGCCAGCUCAGUGAGGUGUCACAGUCAACUGAUAAUGUUAAGUGCAAGUUUGUCAUUGCAUCCAUUGAUUGUGUGCUGAACCAAAUACAAAUGGAUUUUAAUAUCACGUGUUCAGAGGCUGAUACAAUGGCUGCUGCUAAAGAAUUUUCUAGUAUCGUUCAGGCCUCCAUCGGGAUUAAUCCGGAGAUUUGCCUUUCAACAAGUCCACUGACCCCAACUUCAACCCACAUGGCUAAUGUGACUACUGGAACAGUAACACAAUUACUCACAACGAAAACAGCAAUAUCAACAUCAGAAACAAUGACAACGAAAAUAGCAAUGUUAUCAUCAGAAACAAUGACAACGAUGUCUUUACAUACAUCACCAUCAUCCCCAACCACAAGAACAACAAUGGCAAUGUCAUCAACUGAAACAACAAGAACAACGCCAUCCCUCACAACAGCAACAACAUCACCCACAACAACAUCAUCUUUACCUGAAACAUUAACAACAUUAUCACCAACAUCAUCAUCCACAACAAGAAAAACAACAAUUUUUAUACCUACCAUAAUGACAACAACAACAUUAUCACCCACAACGACAAAAGUGACAAUAUUGUCAAAGGAAACAACUACUACUUCAUCACCUACAAAAAUGACAACAACAAUGGCAUUUCCCACAACGACGACAACAUUCUCGUCACCCACAACAACAACAUCAAAGCCAUUACCUACAACGAUAACUAUGUCAAAAAUAACUACAUCAUCACCCAUAACUUCAUCAACAAUGACAACAGAAAUGGUAUCAUCCACAGCAAAAUCAUCGCCAUCAUCACCCCCAACUUUGACAUCAAUGUUGUCACCCACUACAAUAAGAACAACAUCGACAACGUUAUCAUCAACAAUAUCGACAACGUUAUCACCAACAACAUCGACAGCGUUAUCAUCAACAACAUCGACAAAUACAUAACUCCAAACAAGUUCAUCUGGGAGUAAAUGAAUGGAGUAUCUGAGAAAAUGAAUAUAUUCUCCAAUGAUUGGGGUACUGCUGUCCUUGAAGGUGACAUGUAGUCAAUAUACAUUUAGUUGAAUGAGUGUAAAUGGUAAAAGAUAAUUGCUGCACUAACUUGAUUACCGAGUGAAUCCAAAUCCUAUGUUAUGUACAGACCUAGAAAUGAGGUUUUUUAAUACGCGCCAUUCACUAUCUGUCAUUCCAUCAAGUCAUUUUUACAUCAUAGUGAAUAUAAGAAGGACUAAGUAAAAAUAAUAAAAAUAAUGUAUAUAGUUCUUUAUUGUCACAUCAAACAAGAACGUUUUAAACCAGUGCAAUCCGUACAAAGCUUACUAUAGCUUGUGAUUAAUAACUGUUUUCAAUGCCAUUAUAUGUGCCAUUAUAUAGUCACAUUGAAUCUGAGUUAAAUUAGUGUAUAGUUUUAUAUAUUGUAUUGCAUAUGUAAAUGUGCUAAUUUGAGGAGUUUGGAUAGGAGGGUUAGGGAUGAAUGUUUCUACAGCUAUUAUGCACAAAAUAAUAAUUUAGAGAUACAUGUACAAUGUAUUAUUUUUUUUUUUAUUUUUUUGAAUAUUGACCUAAUUUGUAGUCACCCCUGUGCUGUCAUUCUGCAAACUUUAUUUACUUUACCAAGUUACAAAAGAAUAAAGUUGAUUUGAAGGAAUUAUACAUAACAAAGGUGAUAAAAUAUGUAAAUGUACAAUGAUUGAUGAAUUUUUUGAUAUAAAAAAUAACAGACCUAUAUGCAUUCCAGAAUUACUGUAUGUCUCUUUAUACUGUUAUGUAGGUUGGUCCCAACGGAUCUGUGCUCAGAGUAUCACAAGCGGCUUGUAACAAGUUUAGCUACUAGAAAUAUCUAUACUUAUAAAUUAAUAAAUUUUGCAAAUU